ACUAUAAUCUCAUAACUAAGACAUGCCCAAUAAUCAAAUCAAAACCCCUGAUUUUUAGCAAUGUCUCCACUUCACUCUUACUUAGUCUUCUUCUUCCUUCUCAUGGCCAUCAUCCUUCUUCAAUCAUCAACAACAUCAUCUCAAUCAAAUCUCUGCAGAUCUUCGUGCGGCAACAUUCCAAUAAAUUACCCUUUUUCCAUCGACGACGGUUGUGGUAGCCCUUAUUACAGACACAUGCUCAUUUGCUCCGACAACAACACCAAGCUCGAACUUAGAACACCUUCUGGUAAAUACCCUGUUAAAUCCAUAAGCUACUCUGAUCCUCACCUUCUUGUCUCCGAUCCAUUCAUGUGGAACUGUCAAGAUCGAGACAAUUUUCGACCCACUAGAUCUUUCAGUAUUGAUUCAAGCACACACUUCACUGUCUCCCCUCAAAACGACUACUUGUUCUUCAACUGCAACCCCGAGAAAGUGAUCGUCGAGCCAAAACCGCUCUUCUGCGAAAGGUUUCCAGAUAGAUGCGACUCGUCCUGCGAUAGCUCAAGCUACCUAUGCAGGCAUUUGCCUGAAUGCGGCUCUGCUUUGGGGUCUAGGGUUUCUUGUUGUUCGUAUUACCCGAAAGCAACUCAGUCUCUUAGGCUCAUGCUGCAGAACUGUGCGACGUAUACAAGCGUGUAUUGGAGGAGUACGGGUGUGGAGAAUGCACCGUAUGAUCAGUUUCCAGAGUACGGUAUUAGGGUAGAUUACGAAUUUCCAGUGACUAUGAAGUGCCUUCUUUGCCAAGAAACUACUAAAGGUGGUGGAGUUUGUGGGUUUAAUACGAGGACUCGAGAUUUCCUGUGUCUUUGCAAACAAGGCAACGCCACUACUUAUUGCAAAGAUCCAAGCUUCCUAAAGCAUAAACACGUUGGAGCAAUCGCAGGAACGGUGACGGCAGUUUCGGCGGCCGGAGCGAUCGGCGUUGUGGGUGGAGUGUAUUGGUACUUGAGGAAAGUGAGAGCCAAGGCUCCGGUCACUUGUGGUGUUCAAAGCAAUGAGAACAGAAUUUUCUAAAAGCUUCUAAUGAAAUCAUAGUUAUACUAAAGACCAAAGCAUAGUUAUACAAAGACAAAAUUAAAGCAUGGUCAGACUCUUCUUUUCUUCUGUUUCGUUCUUUUUUUGUCUUUUUUUUUUUUCCUUUUUCUUUUUCUUUUUCUUGUCUUUUUUAUCUUUGAUUUUGUGUAUAUUACAAGUUUCGGGAUAAACAUUUUUGUAUAUCAUAUACUAGUUAAUUAUUUUUGGUCGAAUA